AAAAAUUCCCGACAAAGGAGCCUCUAAAGAGAACGUGAAUUUCAGAGGCCUGAUUGGACGGAAAUAUUAUUCAAAUUGUCAGGAACAGACCCCAAAUCAAAAUUACAAUACUGAGGUCUUCUUCUCUAUCUGUCAUUAGCCUUGAGCUUUCCUGAUUCUGAUAGAACACCAAAAUUCGGACGUCGGAGUGAUGUCGUAAAACAAUGGCUUAUGUGACGACAUGGCUGAGCAUCACGGUCUUAAUGUGGGGCACUAUCUGGGACGCAGCAGAAUCUACAACACUAUGCGCACAGUGCAACUCCAAACACGACAAGGAUUGUGAGAGCGACCCGCCCAGCGCUUCCGACUGUCUGGAAAGGACGAGUAAAAGAAAUGGCUGUCUGAUUACCAGAAUAUACAGCGACGGACAACAGAAGGCGUUCAUUCGAAGCUGUUCCACUCUUGACCAAAAUGUUCCAAGAGAAGGUUGUGUCAACGACACCUUGACGGGCAACAAGCAGAGAAAAUGUUACGUCUUGUGUUUUGAGGACGGCUGUAACAAAUCUGACGUCAUUUCCGGAUAUUCGUUACUUGUAAUUGUAAUGGUAGUGCUGUUAUCUUUAUUUGUAUCGUGACUAAUCAGUGGACAUGAUUUAUUGGGGGAUAUAUGUUAACCGAUAAGGGUGAAGACAAAAAUUUGUUUCAUAUUUGAUUUUCUUAGCCACAAUUAACCAAAGUUAACUAUACCAUAUUCAAAAAUUCAUAAUGCAAUAAAAAGUGUUUUGUGUA